CAAGGUUGGAAAUAUUUAAACAAGGAACAAAUAAAAAAGUAGAUAUUCUAAUUAAAUCGUGAUUGGUACACAACCUUGAAACCGCAGCAGUAUUUCUGUCAGCAUCUGAUUCGUUUUAUUUGUAAAAUGUUUUUCCUCUUGUUUUUACUUUUCUCUUUUGGAUUUGCACAUAACUUUGCAUUUUGUCCGAUAUAAUUUGAAAUAUUAAAGUAGUUUGUUAACUAAAUACUUUUUAGGAUACUGCUUCUACCUGCGGCCGCUCCAGCCACCUGUCGGUUUAAACUGUAAAUAAUCAUCAGAUGAUCGACCAGCAAACAGGAAGCGGCGAUGGUUGGGUCAUGGGUGGUUGCCAGGUCGCGUCCGGGAUCCACCGCUGGUGCUGUGUUCUGUGCCAAUCCUCUCCUUCCUUCAUUCAUGUUGACGGAUAAAGAGAGAAGGACCUCUCUGCAGCAAACAGGAAGGUGCGGGACGGACCGCUGUCAGUCUCAGACCUUAUUUGGAACUUGGACCAUUGCACUCCGGAAGUAAAGGGGGCGCUAUUUCCUAUAUUAUUCCCAAUCUCCGGUUUUUAUUUUAUUUUCAAUUCUGUGAUACAUCUUCACCUUUAGGAAGGAUUUUAACUCUCAGCAUGUAUUUAAACUUCUCUCUUUUGUUUACUUCAGCUCAGCUCAAAAUUUUUAACAAAUUCUGUAGCUUUCUGUAAACUUUUAAAUCUGCUCCUUAGUCCCAUCUUUUUGGGCCUACUACUGCCUCUAGUGGCGUGGGGGUGAUAACACAACUAAUAUAAUUUACUAAAUCAGAAUAGCACAAAGUUUGGAAUAAUUUUGUUUUCACUCAACAUGAGGGGUUGUGUAGAAUUUUCUGUAAUCAACAAGUCAUAACAAAACACGUUUCUCCAACAAAUAUCUCCAGCAGAAAUACCUUUACUAUACAUUUAAAAUAAUCUGUUUUGUUGUAGUUGUACUUUUUAGCAGCAGGAUGCUAAACAAUGACCAGUCCGCCAUUUUGGAUGUGGAUUUCUGUCCUAAUUCUGAACCCUGAUGUGACUUUGACUGAAUCCACACUUCAUAGGAGGAGCAGGGCGCUGAGACCGGGCCUGAAUUAGACAGCAUGAAGGCGAUGAACUUCCGCACUGCUACACGCAGGCGCUGAUAGAAUUUAGAAGUUUCGAAUGAAUGCAGCUCAGCUCACUUAACAUGUACAGCUUAUAGAUGGGAUGUAAUUUAAAAAUUUUAUCGUUAAGUAAUUGAUUGUGACUGAAAAUAACAUUAAUACCUAAUAACACCUUUAAUAUCGCUGAAUCAGCAGGCUGGCAGAGUAGUAACACAGUUAUUCCGGGUUUCUGUCGGACCUGGCAACCCGCGGCCGGAUUAAAGCCGUCCUGCCCAGGAAGUGGGUUUGGACUUUUAGAAAAGGCUCCGACCAGAACUGAACACCGGAACAGGAACCGGGACGGGUAACGGGCUCUUUCUGGAUCGGAUGGGUUCUAGUUCAUAAAGAAACUCCUCGGUUCCGUUGGAAGUUCUUGUCGCGAAAGUCUUCAGCCGAACCGAGCUCUUUCAGAACAUGGCUGCUUAGAGCUGCGGUUCCGGGCGGGAUGGCGUGUUGGAGGCGUUACAUGGAGGUUCUGGUUCGGGGCGUGAAGGUGCUGCGGGAAGCGGGGCGGCAGUACCCGCUGUCCUGUUGCCUGCUGCUGGUUCUGCUGGGCCUCACGGUGCUGCUCCACAGGUUCCUCCAUGUUUUCCUGAUGUUCUGGUCGCUGCUGGCUGGGUUCGUCACCUUCUACUUCUCCCUCGGACCUGACUCGCUGCUGCCCAACAUCUUCUUCCCUGUGAAGCCUAGAGCCAAGCAUCAGGAUCCGGAACUGUUCCCUCUGGGCCACAGCUGCGCCGUCUGCGGCACGACCCGAUGCCAGCGCCACCGGCCUGCACUGCUCCUGGAGAACCAGCAGCCCUGGUUGGACCUGAAGGUUCACUCCAAGGUGGAUGCGUCUGUGGCAGAGGUGUUCGAGCUGGUCCUGGAGAAGUUUGUGUAUCCCUGGUACAGGGACAUCACGGAGGACGACGCCUUCCUGGAUGAAGUCAGAACCACCUUCCGCUUCUUCUCCUCCGUGCUGAUCCGCAGAGCCCAGAAGGUCGACCUCCCAGCCGUCUUUGCUGAUAAAGUGAUGAAGGCCGCCAUGAAGCACCUGGAAAUCAUCGCCAAGGCUCGAGCCAGAUCAAAGCGGUGGGAGGACCUGCGGCGGGCCGCUCUGGACGGGUACGGCGCCGGCCUGCACGCCGCGCUGCGCAGCCGCAGGGAGGAGCUGCGCUACCUGCGGACGCUGACCGACGCACUGCUGCCCUACCUGAUGCCGCCCAAGACCACCGACUGCAGGUCUCUGGCUCUGCUGCUGCGGGAGGUGAUGGCCGGAUCCGUCUUCCUGCCCACCAUGGACUUCAUGGCCGACCCGGACACGGUGAACCUGAUGGUGCUGCUCUUCGUGGACCACACUCCGCCCGAAGCCGCAGCCGAGCCGCCGUCGCCGUUGGUUCCCUUCCUGCAGAGAUACAGCAGCAGCAGCAGGAGGCCGUCGGUUCUGCAGCUGCAGCUGCAGGCGAUCCGGAGCCAGCAGGAUCUGCUCUUCCGCUUCCUGAACUUCCUGAAGCAGGAAGGAGCCGUUCACGUCUUGCAGUUCUGCCUGGCCGUGGAAGAGUUCAAUGAGCGGAUCCUGAGUCCGGACCUGAGCGACCCGGAGCUACGGCGGCUGCAUGCAGAGGUUCUGCACAUCUAUCGGACCUUCUGCCGGGAUGACAGCGCCGACAAGAUCCGCUUCGACCCGGCUGUGGUGGAGGGGAUUCGGAGCGUGGCGAUGGCGCCCUACAGCCAGGUGGUGGCGCUGCAGAAGAAGCCCUUCCUGUUCCAGGCCUACGAACUGGUUCUCUCCCUGCUGGAGGAAGUUUUCACGCCAAUGUUCUGCCACAGCGACGAGUACUUCAGACACCUGCUGAGAGGAUCCGAGUCACCGACCCGGAAUGCCAGGAUCAACAGGAAUCCGUCCCGACGGGGUGAGGCGUUCGGUAUCAGCCGGAUUGGGAACCGGAUCAAAGGCGUGUUCCGGAGCUCCACCAUGGAGGGCGGCCUGCUGCCGGCCGGCGCCGACCCGGACGACGACUCAGUGGAAGAGGCCACAGUGGUUCUGGAGGACGACGGGCCGGCCGAGCCGCUGGCGGCGCCUCCCCAGAGGCUCCUGUCGGCCUGGAGCGUCUCGCUACCUUUCAUAGAUUUCUGCGAAGACGAGGCCAAGCGGGAGAAAGUUCCCGUCUUUGUCAUUGACGUGAAGAGGAACGACCGCCGGGAUGGAGGUCACGACCCCGAGUCCUGGAUGGUCUGCAGGCGGUACCUGGAGUUCUACGUUCUGGAGUCCAAACUCACAGAGUUCCAUGGAACCUUCUCAGAUGUUCAGCUUCCAUCGAAGCGGCUCAUCGGACCAAAGAACUACGAAUUCCUGGAAUCGAAGCGCGAAGAGUUUGAGGAAUAUUUACGGAGGCUGCUGCUGCUCCCUGAGCUCAGCAACAGUCAGCUGCUGGCCGACUUCCUGUCUCCCUUCAGCCUGGAGUCCCAGUUCCUGGACAAGAUGCUGCCGGACGUCAACCUUGGGAAAAUCUUCAAGUCUGUUCCUGGGAAGCUGAUGAAGGAGAAAGGACAGAACCUGGAGCCCUUCAUCCAGUCGUUCUUCAACUCCUGCGAGUCGCCCAAACCCAAACCGAGCCGACCAGAACUCACCGUCCUCAGCCCAUCUGCACAGAACAACAAGAAGCUCUUCAACGACCUGUUCCGGAACAACGCCGACCUCUCCGACGCUCCGGAGCGGAAACACAACUCUAAUUGCUUCCUGGAGGUCGUGGCCGUGGACGGCAUGUACGACUACUUGAUGUAUGUUGGUCGGGUUCUGUUCCAGGUUCCAGACUGGCUGCACCACAUCUUGGCAGCUGGCCGGAUUCUGUUCAAGAACUCUCUGGAGGCCUACAUGGACCGGUACCUACGGUCCAAAUUGGAGGCGGUUCUGCAGGAGCACCGGCUGAUGUCACUCAUCACACAGCUCAGAGAUGCCAUUUUCUGUGAGAACCAUCAGGAGCGAAGUCCAGAGGAGAAACUGCAGCGAGCCAAGCAGACGUUUGACGAGAUGAUGAGCUACCUACCAGAAGCCGUGGUGAAGCUGAUCGGGGAAGAGCGCCAGAGAGACGGGAUGGAGCUGCUGUUCCACACGCUGCAGCAGCCACUGCUCAACAAGCAGAUGACUUACGUCCUGCUGGACAUCGCCAUCCUGGAGCUUUUCCCUGAACUGAACCAGCAGGGGCCAAGGGAACCCUUCAUUGUGUGACCAGACCGGGUUGGACCGGGUCGGAGGCUGGACCUCAGAACCAACACCAAGGAUCUCCUGCUGCCUCCCAACCAUCAGACAUUCCACUUCCCGUCUGCUUCCUGUCCAAUCCGGUCAGGCUUGGAUCUGGUCUGGUCCAGUCCAGAUGCCUUGCCAAAAAGGGUCAGAACUUUUCAGCCAGUGAUCAGCAGAAACAGGAGAAUGUCUGAAUGUCAGCGGGGCUUAAGAUGGUGCCUGGCAGGACCAACAACAUCCAACCAUCAUCCAUCCAACCAGCUGAAGACACCAUUCUGCUCUCUGAUUGGUCCAUUUAAUAGUUAAAUAAAAACAAAGUUACAGUUGCUUAGUUACAAUCAGAACAUUUUCUCAGCCAGAAAAACGUAAAGAUGCUUUAGAUCCGUCCAGAAACCAAGGAGGAAGAAGAGGAAGAGGAACUCCACUUUUCUUCUCCAGCAGCUGGGUUAGUGGGCGGAGUUAGUGGAGAUUAAAGUUGCGUUUGAUUUUGUGACAGAAAUAUUCAGGAGGAUAAAACCUGUUCAGUUUGAUUAACUCUACUAAGACAUGAGGAUCAGAGUCCCACUGUGGUUCUGAUGGUUCUGCUGGAGGUUCAGCAGCUCAACACGAACAGAACCAGUAAACCCAGUGGGGCCAGAGUGGCCUGCGGGGCGGGGGCCCGGUUGAGGACCGUGAUGCGUCCCUCCACAGCCGGAUAGACCCACCCCUUCUUCUCCAUGUAGUUGGACAGCACCAAGACGUCCAGAUGGCCUGGAGGAACAGAAUCAGGUCAGAACUGCGUCAGACCCACAGAACCGGGUCAAAACCGGCAGGUUGGGCUCACCGAUGCUGUGCUCCAGAAUCCCGUUCUUGAUGAUGUCGAAGCCGUCUCCGCCCGUCACCAGGUAGGACGGGAGCACCACGGCGUACACCGCUGCGUCCUGGACCGGGUCGUAGCGCGGAACCCGACACCGGGUGCACAGGAUGCGCAGGCUGCGGACCCGGCGACCCGCGGGCCGGGACACGUCCAGAACCACACGUAGACCUGCAGGACAAGCAGCAGCCAGGGACUUCUACCUGAGUUACCUGUCCAGUGGGACCCAUUUGAACCCUGUUAAACCCACCCAGACCCGGUUAAGCCAAGUGGGACCCAUCCGCACCGGUCUUGGCCCAGACCUACCCGAGACCUGCAGGAACUCCCCCGCCUUACUGCCGUGGCGAUGGGCGCCGUGCUCGAAGGCGGCGCGCAGCGUGGAUCCCUUCAGCUGCACCCGGUCAAAGGUUCCUCCGAACGGCAGAACCGUCAGCAGGUCCUCCAGCGUCACGGAGCCUGCGGGGCAGAACCACAGGCGGUCCUCUGAGCGGUCCAAACGGGUCGGACCCGCUGAGAUUGGACUCAUAUGGGUCGGAACCGGCCCGGCCUACCGUUAUAGAUGCGCUCGUUAAUAGAGGAGCGGAUGCCGCCGCCGUUCAUGAUGCAGGCGCUGACGUCGCUCCACCGUUCAUCAUUGAAGAACCGGGUGUAGUUGUCCACCUGGGAGACAGAGGCAUGAGUGCCUGCAGAACCAGAACCAGAAGCGACUCUGGGCCGGACCCACCAUGGCGUCGCAGAUCAGGUUCCCCAGGUUGCACUCCUGGAAGCGGCAGGUGGACUGCGACGCGUCCAGGUACACCAGCGUCUUCCCCAUGACCUGGGCCGUGAAACUGGUCAGGUUCUGCUUCCAGGCCUCCACCUCGGCCAGAACCGCCGCGUCUGUAACCCAUCAGAACCCAUCGUUCCCAGUGGGUGGGUCUUCUUUCCCAACAAGAAGCUGUCUGGUCAGACAGGAAGUAGCCGUCGUACCUUGUUGGAUGCUGCUGUCCAGCAGGAUGGGGUUCCCAGUCGACCUCACCACGUUCCCGGCGUCGUCAAAGGUGACCUUGAGGAACCCCAGGUAUUUCCCAAAGGCAUAGGCCUGGACCACCGGGACGCGGCGGCCAUCUUCCGACGCCUCCAUGAUCGGAUAGUCGCCCUCCGGCCUCUCCAGGGACGGCGGCUGACCUGCAGACAGGAGUCAGCGCCGGGGUCAACCAGCAGCCCGUUUCAGUUGGGACGGAGCAGAUUGUGAAGUUCAAUCUGAUCAGAAAACCAGAUUUUCCCUGAGAGCAGAACCGAGUUCUUUCGGACCGGGCCGGUUCUGUGUCAUGAAUGCUCAGACUGUGGAGAUGGAAAUGAAGUUCCUGGAAGAUUAACGAGAUGAACAAAGAGGCUUUGUUCUCCGCAGAGACACAGAUCUGGGUCCAAACUCUGUUCUGUUCCUCUGGUUCUGGACGCAGAUCAAACUGGGUUGAAAAUGGAAACGUUAAUUGGAGAAACUUAAUAAUAAAUAUGGAACUGAUUGUUCUAAGAAAGUUACAAUAAACCUCCUAACACUGCA